UUCUGUCCCCCCAAGAGAUCUUGAGGGUUAAACUUUACUUAAAUUAUAUAAUCAUACACUAUAAUGGAUUAUUAUAUUUUCCGAUUAUUUCGGUUGAUUCUCGUUGCAAUUUUCAUCUUCCAGGGAUCGUGUUAUUCCGACCAAGCUGGUGGUUAUGGUUUUCUGAAAGAUGCAACAUUAGCACCAAAAGUCUCUCACUUCGACUACAUAGUCAUCGGAGGAGGAACCGCCGGAUGCGCACUAGCCGCAACGCUCUCUCAAAACGCUACCGUUUUAGUUCUCGAACGCGGUGGGUCUCCUUACGACAACCCAACUGCCACAGACAUCGGAAACUUCGCAAACACACUCUUGAACUCAACAUGGUCGCAGCUUUUCAUCUCCCAAGACGGAGUGUUUAACUCACGCGCGCGCGUGCUCGGCGGAGGCACGGUCCUAAACGCUGGUUUCUACUCGCGUGCCGAAGACGAUUACGUUGCGGAAGCAGGUUGGGAGAGAAACGAGGUCGAAGCGGCUUACGAGUGGGUGGAGAAGAAAGUAGCGUUUGAACCGCAGGUUAAGGGAUGGCAAACGGCGUUUAGAGACGCGCUUUUGGAAGCUGGAGUGGCUCCGUACAACGGUUUCACGUACGGACAUAUCCACGGGACGAAAAUAGGCGGGACGAUAUUUGAUCGAGACGGUCAUAGACACACGGCGGCUGAUUUGUUGGAGUAUGCUAAUCAGAAUACGAUUGUUGUCUACUUGCAUGCUUCUGUCCACAAAAUCCUCUUCACCACUACUAAAGGAACUUCAAGGCCCAAGGCAAAUGGGGUGAUAUUCCGAGAUAGAAAUGGAGUGUUCCACACAGCUCAACUAGCAGCAGCACAGAAUGCACUGAUCAAUGAGGUGAUAUUAAGCCCGCAGCUAUUAAUGCUGAGUGGUAUUGGGCCUGCGGCCCAUCUUGCAUACCAUGGGGUGAAUCCUAUCAUACUAGAUCACCCCAUGGUGGGACAAGGAAUGGGUGAUAAUCCCAUGAACCCUGUUUUCAUCCCUUCUCCUGAACCAGUAGAGGUGUCUCUUGUCCAAGCCGUUGGAAUCCCCAAUUUUGGUAGUUACAUUGAAGGUGGAAGUGGCUUAAGUGUCUCUAUUAGUUUGACCCGUGCCUUCUUUGAUGGCGUUUUAAAUCUUCUCAAUAAGGAAAAACUCCCCACUCAAUCCAUCUCAAACUUUUUGAAAUCUUUCAAUAUUCGAUUGAACUUGAAGACAAAAGCGGGUGUGAUCAUCCAGAAAGUGGCAGGACCUAUCUCGAGAGGUCACUUGGAGCUGCGGAACACGAAUCCAGAUGAUAACCCUUUGGUGACAUUUAAUUAAUACCAAGACCCCAAAGAUUUGAAUAACUGUGUUGAAGGACUUAGUGCUAUAAUUAAAGUGAUAGAUUCCAAGGGAUACUCCAAGUACAAGUACCCUGGAGUAACCGGGCGUGGACUUUUGAAUCUCAUUCUUGCCCUUCCAAUCAAUCUGAGGCCAAGGCACUUAACUUCGACUUUUGAUUUGAAGCAGUAUUGUAUAGAUACAACUAUGACUAUUUAUCACUACCAUGGAGGUUGUCAAGUUGGAAAAGUCGUCGACAAUGAUUACAAAGUAUUAGGGGUUGAUGCUUUGAGGGUCAUCGAUGCAUCCACAUUUCUCAAGUCUCCAGGGACUAAUCCUCAAGCCACAAUCAUGAUGCUCGGAAGGUAA